AUGGCUUCUCGAGUAGUAAGAACACCCAAAGGGCUGCAAUCCGAUUUCGAGUGGGAAUUUGCCACGGCUGCAUAUCAGAUCGAAGGCGGCGUCCACGAAGACGGACGGGGCCCUACCAUCUGGGACAUCGUCACCCACCUGGAACCCUCUCGUACGAACGGAGCCAACGGUGAUGUAGCCUUUGAUCACUACCACCGAUAUGAGGAAGAUCUCGAUUUGCUCGUUAAGCACGGCGCGAAAGCCUACCGAUUUUUGCUUGCGUGGUCGCGCAUCAUCCCUGUCGGCGGACGAGAUGACCCGGUGAACGAGGCCGGCAUCGACUUUUACAAUAAGCUCAUCGAUGGGCUGCUUGAGAGAGGCAUCGUGCCAUGGGUUACUCUGUAUCAUUGGGACCUGCCGCAGGGGCUUCAAGAUCGGUACGGCGGAUGGCUGAAUGUUGAAGAGUCGCAGAAGGAUUUUGAACGCUAUGCGAGGGUGUGCUAUCAGCGGUUCGGCGACCGUGUCAAGAAGUGGAUCACACUGAAUGAGCCUUGGGUCGUUAGCAUUCGUGGGUUUUCAAAGGGCCUCGACGCUCCCGGACGGAGUAGUACUAACAGAGACUGUGCGGAGGGCGACUCGACAACAGAGCCUUGGAUCGUUGGUUAUUCCCUCAUUUUAUCGCAUGCGAGAGCGGCAAGACUGUACAACAUGGAGUUCAAACCGAGCCAAUGUGGCUGCAUUGGCGUCUCCAUCAGUGGCGAUUAUUUUAUGCCAUGGGAUCCUGAAAACCCCAAAGACCACGAAGCGGCUGAGAGACGGAUGGAUUUCUGGCAAGGCUGGUUUGCCCACCCCAUGUUUCUUGCACAGGAUUAUCCCGACGUCAUGCGUCAACAGCUCGGAGAUCGCUUGUCAAGUUUCACAGAUGACGAGUUCGAGCUGUUGCGCGAGGCUGAGCUUGACUUCUACGGGAUGAACUACUACACCUCUCAAUUCGCGCGGCAUCGCACGAGCACUGCGUUGGAUACCGACUACUCGGGCAACGUGGAUAACUUACCCGAGAACAAGGCCGGCGAGUCGAUCGGCGAGCUUAGCGGGAUGUACUGGCUGCGCUCUGUGCCCCAAGGGUUCCGAAAGCACCUUAUGAGAAUUUGCAAGAAGUAUGGCAAGCCUAUUUACGUCACCGAAAACGGGUGUCCUUGCCCGGGCGAGGAAAAAAUGACCAAAGAGGAGUGUGUCAAGGAUGCGUUCCGACAGAAAUAUUUUAAGGACCACCUGGGUGCUAUUGUUGAAGCAAGACAAGACGGGGCAAAGGUUUCUGGGUACUUUGCCUGGUCUUUGAUGGAUAACUUGGAAUGGACCGAAGGUUAUGGUCCUAGGUUUGGCGUGACCUUUACUGACUACGACACACUAGAGAGGACGCCUAAGGAGUCAGCAUUGAAGCUUCGAGAUCUGAUUGAGGAGAGGAUCAAGUAA